UUUCGACCACGCCAACUACCUAGGGGAGGGCGGGUUCGGGCGCGUCUACAGAGGAAGGCUGAAGAACGGGCAGGAGGUGGCAGUGAAGCGACUCACCCGCCUGCGCGUGACAGGCAGCGGGCGCGCCAAGGGCGGCGGGGGAGGGGGGCAGGGCGAGCGGGAGUUUGUGGUGGAGGUGGAGAUGCUGAGCCGCCUGCACCACCGGAAUCUGGUCAAGCUGAUAGGCUACUGCGCCUCCCACCACCACCAGCUAUUGUGUUAUGAGCUCGUGCCUAAUGGGAGCCUGGAAGCCUGGUUGCAUGGUUCCUUCUCUAAGGAGAUCAUUCUCGACUGGGCAACCCGCAUGCGGGUAGCGCUGGGGGCAGCGAGGGGGCUGGCCUAUCUGCACGAGGACUCUCAGCCCCUCGUCAUUCACCGCGACCUCAAGUCCUCCAACAUCCUCCUGGAAAACGACUUUCUCGCUAAGGUGGCGGAUUUCGGGCUGGCGAAACCUGCACCGGAGGGACCCGAGGGAUACAUCUCGACCCGAGUCAUGGGCACGUUCGGAUACGUCGCCCCGGAAUACGCAAUGACAGGCCACCUCGUGGUAGCAAGCGACGUGUACAGCUAUGGCGUGGUGCUUCUAGAGCUGCUCACAGGGAGGAAGCCCGUGGACAUGAGCCAGCCGCCUGGGGACGAGAACCUGGUCACGUGGGCACGGCCAAGGCUGGGGAAUGCUGGGCGGCUGGAUGAACUUCUAGAUCCCAAGAUUUCUUCUCAGGUAUCACUUAGUGAUCUGGAGCAAGCAGCAGCAGUGGCACAGGCAUGUGUGGCGGCUGAGCCGACAGACCGACCCCCCAUGGGGGAGGUGGUGCAAUCAUUGAAGAGACUAGAGGCUCUGGUGAGUGAAAGUGACUCUAUUGAGUGUGACUGUGGUGAGCUUGUUAGUGGGUUUACAGUCUCCUCGCAAGGCGUGUGUGGCGGCUGA